AUGUUUGUUCGCAAGGUGAAGUCGGCAGAUUUAACAGCGUCGUUACAUCGUUUCGCCGAUCUUCAUCGUGAUUGUGCAUCACGGGCCAAACAUCUCAAACUUGCUCUCGAUGCCCUUUGCACUCAAGAUAAGAGGCAGUUUAUGGAAGAUUAUAGUUUUGAAACAUUCCAUUUGGUUGAUGAAUUGCUACUGCAAGCUGAUCUUACGCAAACGGCUCAAUCAGUUCUUGAAGCAGAGUCAGCUUUGUGGACGCUCGAACAAUUACUAUGCCUUGCGCCAGGAUUAGUUGGCAGUGGCUGGCAAAAGCAUGCCAUCGAAUAUGUCCUGAAAAAGGCUCUGUUUCCACAUAAUUUGCUAGCCGUAAGAAAAAUUGCGCUGCGUUUAUUUAUUAUUUGGUAUCAGAGUUUGGCCAUGUACAGCAACAAUACUUCGCAGUUAGAUACCGUUUUUCAAUGUCUCCUUCCACAUUUCCCUUUAAGGAAUAAUUUGCCUACUGAAAACAUUUUACAUAAUUAUUGUCAAUCGACCACUAGUAACGUGGGACCAGGACCUAUCCGUAACUCACCACUUGUAUGUAAUCCGAACAACACUGUACCGAGUGCGAAGGAAAGAGCACAGCUACUUCAAAUAUAUCUGGAUAAGUUUCUUGAAUACUGUACACGAGAAACGAUUCGUAUCGAAUGGAAUGAUGAAAAUAUGCGUUUAGAGUGUGCAAAAUUUAUUCUGGAUCGUGUGAUUGUUCUCUACAUUUAUGAAAUAUUUCCUGAUAUAGAAACUAAUGGUGUGGAUAUUUAUGGUGGAUGGGAGGGUAGUGAAGGACAAAUAGAUAUUCGCGAUACCGCCGAUCCUAUAGUAAUUGCACGGUAUUGGCUUAUCAGGUGGAUGGCGACGGUUGCACUUACAACUACUAAUGAUUUAGCUGUAACAGGUCAGCUUCUAUAUAAGAAAGCUUUGUUUUCCAGUCGUAAAGCAACGAAUACGCUUCUAACACUUUUAAAAGAAGCUGUAAUGUUACCACUACCGUGUUCGAACGUCAUUCAUAAAGUCUUUUCUUUGAUCAAUACAUGGUUAUUGCAACGGAAUUUACCUCCUUUUAUUGAUCAAGGAGGAAUUGCGAUUGAAUCAUUAUCACUUUUGCUCAUUCAUUUUCUUACUUCAUUUUUUCACAGUCCAUACUUAUCGGCAGCUGGUGAACGCUUGUCGUCUGCCAUUUCUUUGACGCAGAGUUUACUGCAAACAACCCGUGAUCUCUCAAAUCCUUCAACACCCUUACCAAAUUCACUGUCAACUAGAGUGUGGUGCGAACUGAUCAAAAGUCUUGCAGAUGGCGUGCGCACUGUUACUUCCAGAUCUGACGCUUAUGGACGUGCAACUUCUGGUGCUUUGGCACAAAAUCUUCUUGGUGUUAUUGUUUUCGUUCGAGCCAUAAGUGGUAUUGAAAUCGAAGAGAGAAUAUGGGAUGAUGUGCUGGCUGUGUUCCAGUCUGGUUGUUGGAUGCAAAUGAUUGAACAGUGGAGCCGAGUGGUCGAUAGUGUUACACGUGCACUUAUCCUGAAUCUUUUUGAAGUUGACGUUGCCCCACCUCCUCAGUCGAUUUCGCAUCAAAUAGUCAAAAGAGUAAAAAGUAACGAAACGACAACUACUCAGGAAGAUGGAAAUACAGAGUUCUCAGAAGAAACUCGAUCCGAAAACGACAAUUCUGUCGAGGAUGAAAAUACGCAAUUCACUUCAGUAGUACAGUCAACUGGUGACGCAGUGGUAUGGUUGAGAGUAUGGAUGCGAAUUGUUAAUUUGGUCUCUCCAUUGCAUGCUUCUCAUUCAUAUCUUGCUGUUCAGACUAUUUCAAAAACCAUCAAUACUUUACUUCGACUGAGUGGUACUGAUGCUCUGAUACAUUGGAUCUGUACCCGACUGUUACUUCUGCCGCCUUCCGGGCAAACUCAUUGUUUGCCUGCGUAUUGUGCUGUUCUCUCAACUGUCAGUCCUCCACCCCUUGUCGAGGCUCACAUCUUACUUGCACUGGCUAGAGCAAUUGUUUCGGAACGUUUUACUACUGUCUUAGAAUACAUACCAUUCAUGUCCAAGGAUUAUCUUACUGUACUGGCACGACCAGCGCUCAGCUCACUCACGCAGCUCAUCAAACAAUCCAAUUUUUCACCAAGAAGUGUGCAGGUAGCUGCGCUUCUUUCACCUGAUCAUGCUGUGGGCGAAACGUUGUUGCUUAAUUUGCUAGCAUUGAAUUCGAGUGAGGUGCCGCUGCAAUCCUACUCAUUGGCAUUGCAUGCCUUGGCACUGCUAAUCAUCGAGCGUGCUGACACAAAGUUAAUGGCCGAAGUGAUGAAUCGUGUUUGUACUCUGAAAACUUCUUCAAAUUUACUUCAUAUGUUCUGUGCUGAUUUGAACCAGUUAAAAGAAAUCGGCUUGCGCGAUAAAUUAGCCGCUGCUAUGGAACAGGCACUUGAUUUCGUAAAGGAAGAUUGCUUAGCUGGUGAGAUGCUGUGGCAAAGUGUAUCAGUUAGCUUAAUGGAUUGUCAACUUAGACGAUCGUUGCUGGAGCGCGUGCUGAAUGGUAGAAGGCUUUGUUUGGAAGGAUUCUUGCUUACUUACUACCGGCAAUUUCCGCUACCGUCAUUUGCGUUAGCUCGUUGUAAUUCAGUGGAAAAUACUACCGGAAAUUCCCAACAUGAUGCGCUGACAGCAGGACGUAUUUUUUUUGACCAGGGAAGAGCUAUUCUAAGUGUUGAUAUGGAUAAUGGUGUACGCGUGACAAGUCGAACACCAGUUGGAAAACAUUGCUGGUGUUUUACUAGGGAGCAUACUGCUAGACGUCAAAUGAAUUGUGUUAAUGAUUGGUUGCGGAAAUUAGCUUUACGACCGAAGAAGGUGGCAUUAGAAAUUACCAGCAUUAAAGGAGAACCUGAAGACCCCUUCGACAAAUUGCCGCAGUUACCACGAACACUGCAGGCAGAUCCAAUUGAAUGUAACGAAAUGUAUUUCUUCAUUCAACAGAAUAGACGCUUAACGAGUGUACCUGCUUUGCGUCAUUCAGAAACAGUUAAGUGUGCACCACAAGCAUUAACUGAAGAGAAAUAUGUAUCGUGGCAUACUCUUGCUGCUGAUUUACGAUUAUUCCCUGGUGCGCGACAAAUCCCACCAAGUUUCAAUCGCGAUAUCCGACAUCUUGACCAUAUUUAUUCACGAGAGGUGCAUAAAGUGGCUGUUAUCUAUGUUGCCAAAGGGCAGGAAGAUAAAAUCUCAGUACUUUCCAACAACUGUGGUUCAGUUGCAUUCAAUGAAUUUGUUUUACGCUUGGGUUGGCAAAUAAAAAUCGGUCAUCAGCAUUACGGCUACAGUGGUGGCUUACCCAAUGGUACAACUGCUGCGUAUUAUGCAUCCGAUGAUACGGAAAUUAUUUUCCAUGUCAGCACUACGCUUGAUGGUGAUAUUACCCAGAAGUUGAAGCAUUUGGGUAAUGAUGAAGUGCAUAUAGUGUGGAGUGAAAAUGAUCGUCCGUAUCGUCGUGACACCAUUGCAACACGAUUUUGUGAUGUGCUUAUCGUCCUCUAUCGAAUGUCACCUUAUUUAUUCCGGAUUCGGAUCGAAACACAGCGACCGCUCGAGUUUGGACCACUUUUUGACGGAGCUCAUAUCCAUAUUUGUAUGCUGCCACACCUAGUUCGUGAUACUGUUGUAAACGCAUCCCGAGCAUAUCGGUUAUCCCAGCAAGAUUGUGCACGACCGUUGCAACAUCGCGAAAAAGUAUUCGAAGAAACGAGGAAUCAGCUGCAUGUUCCAUCCCCUUCCCUUUCGAUUUCUCAAACAUUUGCUCUUUCAAUGAAUUCACAUUUACUCUGA